AUGGAUGUGGCCAAUCAACUGCUUGAUCAAUUAGGUCACGGGAAUUUUGUGCAAUUGACAUUGAACCUGUCCCAAAAUGGUCACGAAGUUGCUCUCUUGCAGCAACAAUUGACCGGAUCUGAUGACAAACGCUUGGAAACGCUGGUAGAGCAACACCCGGCUAUGCCUAAUGAUACGAGAUUUAAUAUGAUGUGUGUAUCGUAUCUAAAAUAUGCCAGAGAUGUUGACCCAUGGUCAGUCUGGUCCAGUUCGGAUCUAAUAUUUGAGUUCUAUCAAUGCUUGAUCAAUUGCCUCGUCAAUGACAAUGCUCCUCAUAUCGAAAAACUCAUAACAGUAUCAACCAGAGAGACGGAGCUUGUCAUCGGCAUAGCUGAUAGGCUUGACUCGUUUCACCUACAGUUGCAUACGAGCGGUCAUCAAUUUUUAUCGCAUAUAUCGUCCAUCCUAUCAAGAUUAUUUAACAGUAUCAAGCCUCCACGAAGUAAUGCAUCAUCUAAAAAUAUUCCAGGAAAACAGCGAAUACUGCUGUACCUAGUCAAUAAACUGAAUAACAUUUAUUUCAGAAUCGAGUCACCGCAACUGUGUUCCAACAUCUUCAAAAACUUUCAACCAAAAAGCAUGCUUACACAUUUCAAUGAGUACCAAAUCGACCAGCAGAUAGAAUAUAGAUACCUCUUAGGAAGAUACUACCUCUUGAACUCUCAAGUACACAACGCUUUUGUUCAAUUCAACGAGGCUUUUCAAUCGCUCCUGAGUCUGCCUCUAACAAAUCAAGCGAUCAUUAGAAAUGGUUCGAGAAUACUCAACUACAUGAUCCCCACGGGAUUGAUAUUGGGCAAAAUGGUCAAAUGGGAACCGUUACGACCGUUCCUUACUCAGGAAAUAAUUGAUAAUUGGAGCGCUCUGUACAAUUAUGUACGUUCUGGGAACAUCCAAGGCGUGAGCCUCUGGCUGAGACAAAACGAACGUCAUUUGUGUGCAAGACAGUUGCUAAUUAUACUACUAGAGAAAUUGCCCAUGGUCACAUACAGAAAUCUGCUCAAAACGGUAAUUAAGAUCUGGACUACCGAAUGGGGCCAGAACAAACUACCAUACUCGUUAAUAGAACGGGCAUUGCAGCUAUCCAUUGCUCAGACAUUUGGAGAUCCCAAUGUCCAGGAAAUUACUAUUUAUAACGGCAUCCAUUCCCCCAAGAACGUGGAAAACGUGCUCGUGACAUUGAUCAACUUGGGAUUUUUACGUGCGAACUGUUUCCCACAAUUGCAACUCUGUGUAGUAAAAAAGACCACCUUGAUUCAAGAAAUUGUUCCGCCAGUUAAUGAACGGAUCACCAAGAUGUUUCCUGCACAGUCACGAAUUCUUUGGUGA